AUACAAAACAAAAUGGAGGAUCAGGCGUCAACGAGCGGCCAUGAUGCCGGUAGUGUUGGUGUGAGUGAAGUGACGCCUGAGAAGAAAGGACCAUCGAAGAAACCCACAAAGGGCGGCCACGAGGCCGAUAGUGUUGGGCAAAAGAACCUUUCAAAGAAAAAGCUAUCGUUCCGGGUUACAACUCCAACUCGUCGUGUGACUCGCAGCGCAAAAAAGGCACAUGGAAAUGUGAAGAAACAAACUGUGCAAGUGGCGGUAUCUUCAUCGGAAAGUGAUAGUUCUAGUGAGGAAGAAGAAGAAGUAGAACCAACAAGUGUGGACGUGCAACCAACUAAGGAACAAAGGCGUGCUCGACACGGCAUUUCUCAGAAGCUUCCUGAGUUCAAUGGCAAACCACAGGAUUGGCCAAGAUUCUACGGCGCCUUUCUAGCCUCGAACAAAUCGUGUGGCUUCACGAAUAACGAGAAUCUUGUGCGGCUUCAAGAAUGCCUGAAAGGACCUGCCUUAGAACUGGUUCGCGGAAGGUUGAUAACGGCGGAAUCCGUUCCGCGAGUGAUCGAGAAGCUGGUGCAAGUGUACGGAAGACCUGAGCUUAUCUUGCAUAGCUUGUUAAAGAAAGUUCGUGAAGUAAAGGCUCCGAAGGCGUCGGAUCUAACCAGCUUCCUGCCGUUUAGCAACGCCGUCGAAGAGUUGUGUGAACAUCUCGAAGCAGCCCAGUUGAAAGACCAUCUACACAACCCGUUGCUUAUUCAGGAGCUGGUCGAUAAGCUCCCAGACGCAGACAAGCGGGCCUGGUCACGAUUUAAGAGAGGUCAUGGAUCCGUAUCGCUGCGAACGCUAACCGACUUCCUUGACGAGGUGGUGACCGAAGUUCUCGACACCACUUUGGAUCUCGGUAACUACAUGCCCCUAUCAUCGCAACCAAAGGACACUCGCAGAAGGGAAACGGUAGGCCAUCAUCAGACAACGCCAGCACAACAAGGGAGAAAGCCAUGCCUUGCAUGUGAAGCAACGGAUCAUCGUCUACGCAAUUGCACGGUGUUUAAGGAGUGGACAACAAGACAGCGGCAAGACUUUGUGGCGAAGUACAGUCUGUGUAGAUUGUGUCUCAACGGACAUCAAGGAAGGUGCUUCGCACCAAAGAGAUGCAACGUAGGUGAUUGCGACCAAAUGCACCACCCCCUUCUACACGAUCAGGAGCGUCUAUAACGCUGGUAGAGCGUCAAUUGGUGGAGCGUCUCGGAGCUGGCGGCGUUCCUGAGAAGCUCACCCUGCGAUGGACUGCUGGCAUUGAGAGAGUAGAGGACAAAUCGCAAAGGCUGAAUCUG